AGAACAAGUGAUGCACCUGGAGAAAGGAAAAGAAAAAGAAAAAGCAGCAGUAGAGAGGGAAUUCCCAAGUCAGUGUGGUCCAGAUUCUUUUCCAUUAUAGGUUAUUACAAGAUAUUGAAUAUAGAUCCCUGUGCUAUACAUCUCUGAACCCUUAGAAGUGACUUUGAAUGAAAAGAAGUCUUCAGCAUGAAUGUUGCCUGCUUCUCUUACUACCCUUCCAUAUAUGACUCUCUUUUGCUAGACACCUGGGAGGAGACUUACCUCCUUGUAUCUACCCUGGGUCAGAUCUUUGCCUAGUUCAUUUGGUCUUUCCUUUUUUGCUUAGUUGUUCUUUUACCGUAGCUCAUUAGACACAACCAACCUCUUUUACCUUUUAUCCAUAGUCAUAUACCUCUUCUAUUUUGCUUUCAAAUAUUCAUAGAUUUGUUCCAAUGUUCGAUGACACCCAUGUCCUUCCGUUCAUUACUUAUUACUGUUUCUUUUAUUGGGUGCCUCAGACUUACGUUGUGCACCUACUGUAUCACUUUCUCCAUCUCUUUGGAUAUUGACUUGAGAUUUCAUCCCUCUCCAUUUCAUGAUAAUGGUAGUAUCCAUUGAUUUCUUUUUCUAGAAGUAAUGUGGCAAGUUUAUGAUUGGCAUUGGGAAGAUAACAGGAAGGGUAGACCUGUGGAGAGAGAUCAUGAAAACAAUGCAUUGGGAAAAAUAUUUCCUUUGAGCAAAAACUUUGUUUCAUUUACAGAAAGACCCCAUAAAUGUGUCUCAAGAGGAAUAAGUUUGAAACAAAACUCAGACCCAAGUUUUCAGAGUAAAAGCUAUGCAGAAAUGAACUCUGAUGAGUUAAAUGAUUAUGGGAAGUCAUUUUUCCAUACUCUACAUGAAACCUCCCACCCUCGAGCCCAGUACUAUGAACAUAAUUUAUGUGUGAGGUCUUUCAGCACAGUAACAAAUCUUAAAAGACAUCACAGAAUUCACACAGAAGGGAAACCUUACGAAUGCAGUGAAUGUCCCAGAUCCUUCAGGUAUAAGUCAAAGCUCAUAAUACACCAGAGAACCCAUACAGGAGAGAAGCCAUACAGAUGCAGUGAAUGUCAGAAAGGUUUCAGUACAAAAUGUCAUCUCACUCUGCACCAGAGAACUCAUACAGGAGAGAAACCGUAUGAAUGUAUCGAGUGUCAGAAAUCCUUUAGAACAAAAUAUCAUCUCAUUCUACACCAUAAGACUCAUACAGGAGAGAAACCCUAUGAAUGCAAAGAAUGUGGAAAAGCUUACAGGGAAAAGACGAAGCUCAGAUUACAUUACAGAAUACAUACAGGAGAGAAACCUUUUGGGUGUAGUGAUUGUGGGAAAGGUUUUAUACAAAAGUCAAACCUGAUUAUCCAUCAAAGAAUCCAUACAGGAGAGAAACCCUAUGGAUGUAAAGAAUGUGGAAAGGCCUUCUGUAGUAAGUCUCAGCUUGUUGUUCACCAGCGAAAUCAUACAGGAGAAAAAUCCUAUGAAUGCAGGGAAUGUGGGGAAGCCUUCAAUAAAAACUUGCACCUCAUAACACAUCAGAAAAUUCAUAUCAGAGAGAAACCUUGUGAAUGCAGUGAAUGUGGAAAAGCUUUUGUACGCACAUCACAGCUCAUUCUACAUCAGAGAAAUCAUACAGCAAGAACACCUUAUGAAUGCGAGGGAUGCGGGAAAGCCUUUAAUAAAAAGUCACACUUCCUAACCCAUCAGAGAAUUCAUACAGGAGAGAAGCCUUAUGAAUGCGGUGAAUGUGGGAAGGCUUUUAUAGACAAGUCACAGCUUAUUGUUCAUAGAAGAACUCAUACGGGAGAGAAACCUUAUGAAUGCAAGGAAUGUGGGAAAGCCUUUAAUAAAAAGUCAUCCCUCAUAACACAUCAGAGAAUUCAUACGGGAGAGAAGCCUUAUGAAUGCAGUGAAUGUGGAAAAGCUUUUAUAGACAAGUCCCAUCUCAUUGUCCAUCAGAGAACUCAUACAGGAGAGAGACCCUAUGAAUGCAGUGAAUGUGGAAAAGCUUUCAUACGAAAGGCAAUGCUCAUUGUCCAUCAGAGGACACAUACAGGAGAGAAACCCUUCGUAUGCCUUGAAUGCCAAAAAGCCUUUAGCAGUAUGGCAAUGCUCAGUAGACAUCAGUUGAUUCAUACAGGAGAGAAACCCCAUGGAUGCAGUGAAUGUGGGAAGGCUUUCCGCCAAAAAAGCCAUCUUAUUAUCCAUCAACGAUGCCAUACUGGAGAGAAACCCUAUGGAUGCAUUCCAUGCGGUCAAAUUUUCAACCAGAAGUCACAGCUCGCUAGGCAUCAGAGACAUCACACAGGAGAGAAACCAUAUCAGUGCACUCAAUGUGGGAAAGCCGUUUUUGAGAAAUCAUACCUCAGUGUCCAUCAGAGAAGUCAUGCAGGGCAGAAACCUUAUCAAUGUGGUGAGUGUGGGAAAACUUACUCUGUCAAGUUCUUUCUCACUUCACAUGAGGAAAUUCAUACAUGAAAACAAUCCCAGGAACACAGCACUGGGAAGACUUUAGUGAGAUGCCAGAUCUCCCUGAAUAUUAGAAAAUUCACACGAGAGUCACCCUAUGAAUGCAGGGAAAGUUAGGGUACUUUUCCAUUAAUUUUGGCCUUUGUAAGUUUCAAAACUUACCCAGAAGAGAAAUCUUUUAAAUGCAGUGAAUAUAGGAAAAUUAUCUACUACCAAUGUAGCCUCAUAUUUCAUGAGAAAAAAAGGCAGUAUGAAUGAAAAGUUGAAAUCUCUUCUUGAGACGAGAUCCCAUUAUACAUCGCACAAAAUGAAACCUUUGGGUACAACAAAUGUUUUUGAUAGGCUAUCAUAAAGUAGUCAGUUUUCACUGUGGAAAAAAAUCUCACAAAUAUUGUGAAUUCUUGAGUAGCUUCCAAACAAAUGAGUUUUCAUACCAAGGAAUACAGAUGGCUGAAUACCUGUGAUAAGGGAUGCCUCUGGCAUGAAGUCCAAACUUAUCAUGCGUCAGAUAAUAUUUUUUUAAGGAGAAUUAGUAGAGUAUAAUGAUGGUGGGAAAGUUUAUUUACAUAUAAACAACUUUAUAAUAAAAAUUUUGAUCAUCGCGUUACCAUGUAUUUAUAGAAAAUGUAACACAAAGUAGUCAGUUAGGAAGAGCAGAUAACUUUAGCAUGCCAAAGGACACUUUGUUUCAUGUUUGAAUAUAUUGUAUAGUCAAAGGAGUAAAUUAAGAAAGGUCCCAGAUGUAUGUAUUUGCUUUGUGUCUGAGUAUUUUUGUAGAACAUGUAUAUGAUGAUUUUCACAUUUCACAAGGUAAUGAAAGUUGUGUACCACGAAAUUCUUGUUCCAGUUUGUAUGUCUAAUAUCUACCAAAAAUGCCAACAUAGUGAAAUAUAUAAAUCACACGGGAAGUAAUUCAGCUUAACAUUAAACAAUACUAU